CAAAGCAGAGUACAGAGGGAGAGAGAGAGAGAGAGAGAGAGCGAGAGCUUAGACAUGGUAGCUGGGAAGGUGAAGUUCGCAAUGGGGCUGCAGAAGUCUCCGGCGAGUAGAAAGGCCGAAAGCACACCGAAGCCGUCGACGCCAGCUCAGGCUUCUCCAAGCUCUGGUAAGGUUUCUCAGAAAACCGUCUUCUCCCGCUCGUUUGGUGUAUAUUUCCCUCGCUCUUCUGCUCAGGUUCAGCCUCGACCGCCUGACGUGACGGAGCUUCUCCGUAUGGUCGAGGAGUUGCGUGACAGAGAGGCACGAUUGAAGACUGACCUAUUGGAGCACAAGCUGUUAAAGGAAUCUGUCGCCAUUGUUCCUAUGCUUGAGAACGAGAUCUCUACGAAAGAUGCAGAGGUUGAAAGAGCGUCUAAGCGAAUACUGUUUUUGGAGGCGGAGAAUGAGCGAUUGAGAGUUGAAAUGGAGGAAGUUACACAGAGUUUUGAGGAGCAGAGGAGAGAGGGCCAAGAGAGAAUAAAGGCAAUGGAAGGUGAAAUCACGGAGCUGAAGAAAAUGGCGUUGGAUCGAAGUAGAAUGGAGCUUAUUUUGGAGAACGACGAACUUUCGGCGUCUCAGAGGUUUCAGGGAUUAAUGGAGGUCUCUGAAAAGUCUAACCUAAUCAGGAAUUUGAAAAGAGCGACCAGAUGUCCGGAUGCUGUUGUUAACCAACACAAUCAUAAGGUUGAACAGCCAGAGGCAAAGAAUGACGAAGUUGUAACUGAGGGACCGAGACACUCGCGAUGUGACUCGGAAGAACCCGCAGAAUCCACUCUAUGUAACGUAAAAUCGCGAAUACCUAGGGUUCCAAAACCUCCGAAACCUUCUUCAUCUCCCUAUUCGUUUGCCACUACUUCCUCCUCCUCAUCAACUGGCUCUUCUGGUGAUGUAGAGAAAGCGAUCCCAGCCCCACCCCCUGUCCCAACCAAGCAAAUGCUGCCGCCUUCGAAGUCGGCACCGCCUCCCCCUCCCCCUCCACCGCCUCCCAAAGGUAAAAAGCCGAUGCCGGCGAAGGUAAGACGAGUACCGGAGGUUGUUGAGUUUUAUCAUUCGUUAAUGCGGAGAGAUUCACGGCGAGAUCUCGGCUCCGGCGUCAUGGACCCGCCGUCGACCGCCAAAGCUCGUGACAUGAUCGGAGAGAUAGAGAACCGGUCCGCUCACUUACUCGCUAUAAAGACGGAUGUAGAGACUCAAGGGGAUUUCAUAAGGUUCUUGAUAAAAAAAGUUGAAAAUGCUUCAUUUACUAACAUUGAGGACGUUGUUCCAUUUGUCAAAUGGUUGGAUGAUGAGCUCUCAUACCUGGUAGAUGAAAGAGCCGUGCUUAAACACUUUCAAUGGCCAGAGCAAAAGGCCGACGCUCUGCGUGAGGCUGCAUUUGGAUAUUGCGAUUUUAAGAAGCUGGAAUCCGAAGCCUCUUCGUUUCGUGGUGAUGCCCGCCAGCCCUGCGCUUCGGCUCUCAAGAAGAUGCAAGCUUUGCUUGAAAAGUUGGAGCAUGGUAUAUACAAUUUGUCUAGACUGCGUGAAUCUGCAACGAAGAGAUACAAAGCAUUUCAAAUUCCAGUGGAGUGGAUGCUUGAUACUGGAAUUGUGAGUCAGAUCAAGCUUGUCUGUAUAAAAUUAGCAUUGAAGUACAUGAAAAGGGUAUCCGCAGAGCUUGAAACAGUCGGUGGUGGUGGACCUGAAGAAGAAGAGCUGAUUGUCCAGGGCGUUAGAUUUGCCUUCCGUGUGCAUCAGUUUGCUGGAGGGUUUGAUGUAGAAACGAUGAAGGCGUUUCAAGAGAUGAGAGAUAAGGCAAGUUCAUGUCAUGUAGAAUGCCAAAACCAGCAACACAAGUACGUGGGGUGUAGCAGAGCUACAACUUGUUAAACUGCCGCAAUCUCAGCUUCAGAGGUCUCUGGUUUUUGGGUUGUAUAGAUAGAUUGCUAUCAUGUCUGUGAAUAUUAAUGCCAGCGGCUAUCUUAGGAUUGCAUUCCAAUUUAUUCAUUUGAAAGGAAAUGAACUGAGGCGAUAUCAUAUUGGAAAGUAAGGAAAUGAACUCUUGCAACCUUUUCCUCCUUA